AUGAAUUACCCAGAAAAUACAUCACAUAUUAAAAAAUGGUUUUUCAAAAGCAGACAAGAAAUAGAUGAUAUUUGUUUAAAAAAAUAUAACGAUUUCAAAGAAAAAUUUAAAACAUACAAUGUGAAUAUACCUAAAUACGCUGAUAUAGAAAAAACAAAGUUAUAUUUUUGCUAUCAGCUAACACAUUUUUGCGAUAUAAAAAGAUUACAACCUCAAAUAGUAGAAUGCGCUAUUGUAUUGUAUAAUAGAUUUUAUUUGAAAGAAAUAAUUUUAGAAUAUGACCCUCGCAUCUUAAUAUUUACUUGCAUUAUAUUAGCAAUAAAGUUAGAAGGAUAUGGACGACUGUAUAAAAUCAAUGAAUUUUUUAGCGAUAUAGAUAUUAACUUAGAUAAAGUUUUAGAACAUGAAAAUGUUGUUUGCUCAUCAUUGGAUUUUGAAUUGAAUUUUUUAUAUACUAAAGAAUGUAUUUUUUAUUUAAAAAAUCAAUUUUUAAAUUAUAUAAAUAAAUAUAUAAAUAAAGACAAUGAAGUAAAAAAUUCUUUUGAAAAUAUUUGCGAUAAAAUAUACGUUAGCACUUCAUUGGAAUGCUUAAAGCUUCUAGAAAACUUUUUUAUAACAUUUACUUACACACCUGCACAAAUAGCAUUAUACUGUUUUAUAAAUAAUAUUAAAAUCAAUUUUAAUAUUGUAAAUGCCGAUAAAUUCAUCCUGGAAUUUAUUACAAAUAAUAAUCAAAUCCUUUUUCAAAAGUUGAAAAAUAAAAUAGAUGAACUUCAUAUUAAAUAUAAAGAUCAUUUUGAUUUGAGGAAUACAUUUGAUGAUGAAAAUACUACGAAGCAAAUAGGAGAGACUUUAGAUAUGUGCAUUGAUAUUUACGAUAUUUUAAAAAAAAAAAAAAGUCAUAAAAAGUCUAAAAAAAAUAAACUAAACAAUGAAGAUAAUGAACAAAAUGAAUCUAAAAAAAUGGCAAGCAUAAAAUAA